AUGCGUACCAAUUCGACAAAUAAAAAGAAAUCAUAUGUAGAAAUCAUUAAUGGAAGGAUAGAAAAUUCAGUGCAUAUUGAGGAUGCUAGGUUUUCGAAAAAAGGAUAUGUCGAAGUUUGGAGGAAGCCGAGAAGCAGAAAACGAACGUACACCACAAAGACAUUGUCGGAUAUGCAGGAAGAUAUUGACAAGUUAACGAAAACACUGUACAAAUUAAGGACGAACGAAAAAGGACAGCCACAGAAACCACUGCAAGUACCUGAGGAAAAAUUUGAAGAAAAAGAGCUUAGACUGAGUACAUAUGUAGAUGAUUCUGUUGAGCUUCUUUCAUUCACCGUCCGUACUCCCGAUCGACGAGUUCUAAUUAAAAAGUUCACUGGCAUUACCGUUUCCAGGACUAUUUUGGAAAUGUUACGGGAUCGAAAAGUGCGCAUCAACGAAGUUGUCACUUAUGAUUUCGCUAUCGUCUGUAAACCAAUGGAUACUUUGGAUAUUUGGAAAGAAGAAUUGGAGGAGAAUCCCGCAUUUGCUAGAAUAGAUCGUUUACAAAUUCUUCAUAUCUUACCUUCUUCUUGCUAUCAGCAUUUUACCGUGCAGGCCAUAGCUCUGAGAGAUAUACUAGUUGAAAAUUGGUUUCCUUGGCAAAUUCAAAAGAUUGCAAACAACCAGCAGAUUUAG